AUGGGUGGCGACGAGGAAACCACGUAUCAGGUGGUUAUGAGAAAGCCGAAGGAGGUUUACAAACCUGAAAAUACAGACAGUUACGACAGUAGCGAUACAAAUGAAGAUGACAGCAAGAAAAAGAAACACGUAAAAUGGAGCGAGUCAACUGAGAUGAGGGAAAGACUCAAAGUUUACCGUCGAAGUCAAAUGGACAUACCACUUGACUAUCACCAUUUAGCCAUAGAAGAAGAGAGGGAGAAAGAGGGAGUUCAUUUGUGGAGAAAUCACUUGAAAAAUGAGGAUGAAAUUGAUGAUGAUGAAAUCAGCAAGUUUGGUGAGAAUGGAUACAUGGAAAGAAACAUCCAGAUCAUUAAGGAGGAGACAACCAGGUUCACACUGUAUCCUGCUUAUUCUGCAGCUGUUUCAGCGUACGAACAGUGGCUGUCCAACGCUGAGAAUACUAAACAGCUCACAGACGAUCAGAAGGCUACAAUGACGUCACAGCUAGAGCUGUACAAGAGACUUGUUGGCAUCUACAAGGAGUGGUCUCAGCAGACGAGGACAGACUUCCCGCGAGAGUCCAGGUUUGGUGAGAUCACAACCAUCCUGCAGGAAGCAGCUGAUUUAGGACAGCCACCACUGAGCGUCUCCAUAGUUAUUAGGGAAGUCCUGACAGAUGAGGAGAAUAUACAGAAACAAGUGGAUGCUUACAACUGCCAGGUUCAGGAGAUGCUUGCAGCAUUGGACAUCAAGUCUAAAGUUUAA